AACAGUUACCACUGGAACAGCAGCAACAUCAGAAGCAACAACAGUUACCACUGGAACAACAGCAACAACAGAAUCAACAACAGUUACCACUGGAACAACAGCAACACCAGAAUCAACAACAGUUACCACUGGAACAACAGCAACAUCAGAAUCAACUACAGUUACCACUGGAACAACAUCAGAAUCAACAAUCUCUGCAACUACUUCCUUGACAACUGAUUUCAUGAGUACAAUGGCACCGGUAAUCCUUCCCACAACUCCAUUGGAGUUCCGAUUAAACCAAACUUUUAUACCUGCGUUAAAUGAUGCUAACUCACCUGAGUUUAAGCGUACCGUGUCCGAAUUGGAAAUUGUGCUCAAUAUGUUAUACAGAAGAGCUCUGCCUAAUUUUAGAGAAUCGAAGGUCAACGGUUUCAGGCCAGGAUCCAUUGUUGUAAACAGUAGCUUGAUUUAUGAAGAAAGCACUGAACCGCUGUCUCCUUCAGAAACAGUAAAAGUGUUGGUGAAUGAAGUGUUGACUAAUAGCACAGCUGUAGACAGCCUGUCAAUCAUUCCAGAAUCCAUCCAGUCCGAAAGUAUCACCAUCAACAAUUUGCAGCCAGUUUCUCUGAAUAUUUCCUUUGUGAUAGAAAAUGAGACUUUCACUGAAAUGCUCACCAACAAUGCUUCCAGUGCCUUUACAAACCUGCGAAAUGCAAUCAUUCCCUGGCUUGAAAAUGUUCUCAGUUCAGGAUUUUCCCCAAACGUGCUGCCUGGUUCCAACAUUGUCUUCAGUAAUGCUUCCUCAAAGGUGCAGGUGGUUGCACACAUCCAGAUCAACACAACCAGAUUAGAAAACCGACUGUUCCUGCGAGAUCUGAUCAUUAACAAUGUUAACAUUUCGGGUUUUGAUAUCAUCAGAUCCUCUGUUCGGGUAAAUGGUCAGGGUCUUGAAGUCGACCCUAUUCAAGUGGCACUAAGGUUCGAAACUACUGUGUUCACAAUUGAUCUGAACAAUAGAUCGAGUCCUCAGUUCAAACAACUCAGUUCCAGAGUGACAAAUGUGAUGAACAGUAUCUUCAGAAAUGAUGUGAACUUCAUCGAAGUCAUAAUCAAUGGAUUUAGGAAUGGAUCUGUUAUUGGCGAUGUAACAGCGGUAUUCAGUAAUGGAACAACAAACAAAUCGACUGUUAUCCAAACCAUCGUCAAUAACAAUGACACAUUCACAAAUGCCGAUUUCAGUUUGGACAUCAACUUCCUUACAGGCGCAACGACCACAACCCCUGCCAUGACCACCACUAGAAUGUCAACACCCACAGCCGUAACCACAGUGUCAUCUACAUCUGAAUCAACAACAACGGCCAAUGUAACACAAGCAUCAACUACAGCCAAUGUAACACAAGCACCAACUACAGCCAAUGUAACACAAGCAUCAACUACAGCCAAUGUAACACAAGCAUCAACUACAGCCAAUGUAACACAAGCACCAACUACAGCCAAUGUAACACAAGCAUCAACUACAGCCAAUGUAACACAAGCACCAACUACAGCCAAUGUAACACAAGCACCAACUACAGCCAAUGUAACACAAGCAUCAACUACAGCCAAUGUAACACAAGCAUCAACUACAGCCAAUGUAACACAAGCAUCAACUACAGCCAAUGUAACACAAGCACCAACUACAGCCAAUGUAACACAAGCAUCAACUACAGCCAAUGUAACACAAGCAUUAGCUACAACGGCCAAUGUAACACAAGCAUCAACCACAGCCAAUUUAACACAAGCAUCAACUACAGCCAAUGUAACACAAGCACCAACUACAGCCAAUUUAACACAAGCAUCAACUACAGCCAAUGUAACACAAGCAUCAACUACAGCCAAUGUAACACAAGCACCAACUACAGCCAAUGUAACACAAGCAUCGACAACUACAGCCAAUGCAACACAAGUAUUAGCUACAACGGCCAAUGUAACACAAGCAUCGACUACAGCCAAUGUAACACAAGCAUUAGCUACAACAGCCAAUGUAACACAAGCACCAACAACAACGGCCAAUGUAACACAAGCAUCGACAACAACGGCCAAUGCAACACAAGCAUUAGCUACAACGGCCAAUGCAACACAAGCAUCGACAACUACAGCCAAUGUAACACAAGCAUCGACCACAGCCAAUGUAACACAAGCACCAACUACAGCCAAUGUAACACAAGCAUCGACAACUACAGCCAAUGCAACACAAGCAUUAGCUACAACGGCCAAUGUAACACAAGCAUCGACUACAGCCAAUGGAACACAAGCAUCGACAACUAAAGCCAAUGUAACACAAGCAUUAGCUACAACGGCCAAUGUAACACAAGCAUUAGCUACAACGGCCAAUGUAACACAAGCAUCAACCACAGCCAAUGUAACACAAGCAUCAACUACAACCAAUGUAACACAAGCAUCGACAACUACAGCCAAUGUAACACAAGCAUUAGCUACAACGGCCAAUGUAACACAAGCAUUAGCUACAACGGCCAAUGUAACACAAGCAUCAACCACAGCCAAUGUAACACAAGCACCAACUACAGCCAAUGUAACACAAGCAUCGACAACUACAGCCAAUGCAACACAAGCAUUAGCUACAACGGCCAAUGUAACACAAGCAUCGACUACAGCCAAUGUAACACAAGCAUUAGCUACAACAGCCAAUGUAACACAAGCACCAACAACAACGGCCAAUGUAACACAAGAAUCAACUACAGCCAAUGUAACACAAACAUCAACUACAGCCAAUGUAACACAAGCACCAACUACAGCCAAUGUAACACAAGCAUCGACAACUACAGCCAAUGUAACACAAGCAUCGACAACUACAGCCAAUGCAACACAAGCAUUAGCUACAACGGCCAAUGUAACACAAGCAUCGACUACAGCCAAUGUAACACAAGCAUUAGCUACAACAGCCAAUGUAACACAAGCACCAACUACAGCCAAUGUAACACAAGCAUCAACUACAGUUGCCAAUACAACACAAGCAUCGACUACAGUUGCCAAUGCAACACAAGCAUCGACGACAGUUGCCAAUACAACACAAGCAUCGACUACAGUUGCCAAUACAACACAAGCAUCGACUACAGUUGCCAAUGCAACACAAGCAUUGACUACAGUUGCCAAUACAACACAAGCAUCGACUACAGUUGCCAAUACAACACAAGCAUCGACUUCAGGUCAGGCGAUUCCAAUUGAAACUUUCCUAGUGGAGCUUCGGUUUAUAAACCAAGACUUCACAGCUGCUCUGACCAACAGAUCAAGUCCUCAGUUCAUAAUGCUCUCCAACCAGGUGAAACGUGCGGUGAACAGUACGUUUAGAAAUGAUCUGAACUUCAUCAAAGUUAGAGUCAAUAGAUUUAGAAAUGGAUCUGUUGUGGCUGAGACAGAAAUGACAUUCAGAGCUAAUUCAACUCAGAGGUCUGAAAUUGUCCAGAGUCUUGUCAAUAAUGCAGCAUUAUUCAACAAUUCUGGUUUAGCCUUGGACACCGAUCUCCUUCUCGCUUCCAUCACCACUGCACCCACUACCACGUCAGCAUCGACCACCACCCCCACAGCGAACCAGCCACCUGCUGAUAGACCAUUCCCAGGAUUUGCUAUUGCAAUCAUUGUUAUGUGCCUGUUGGCUAUCAUUGCAAUCCCAUUCCUCAUUGUUCUGUUUGUUAAGACUGGAUUUUGUUCCAAAGUGGCAAAUGCAUUCAGACUGGAAGCGCCUGAUGAUUUGGAUAUGAAACUUCCAAUGUUUGGUGGUCAAUCGUACACCUUCCAAUGACGAUGGGAUAUCAAGGAGAGAAACAACAUGAACUUUGCGUCGAGAGAAGUUAACAGGCAUGGAUAAUGAAGAACACAUAUGAAGGCUGUCGAUAACAAUGAUUAUCUCACGGACUUGCCCAAAUUAAUGCCACACAUGAACUGCCAAACCCUUGUGCUGCUCCUGAAUUACCCUUAAAAUGACUGCCUUCUCGAAGUAGGUGGUUUCUCAGGUUAUCAGUGAACACCUUCACCACAAGUGGUGGAAAGCAUAUGUUUUAUGAGGAUGUAUGAGCAGAGCCUGCCAAUUCGAUAUCUCUUCGUGUUGGUAGUUUUGUCUUGAAUAUUAAAAUGUGAGUUUGUUCUUUAAGGUUCCCCCUCCACCCACUAUCCCCACUCCUCCCUCUUAGUGAAUAAUUACCUCCUUUGUGUUUCUGUGGCCAAAAGUGGAGUCAGUGUAAACAGAAGCCUGACUUUGUAUUUGUGAGGCUUUAAUUCACCUCAGCUGUUAUGUUAUUAAUAUAGGUAAAGGUAACUCUCACUCGGUGAAGUUGUAUUUAUAAAGAGUUCCUUUUUGUGUAGCACUGUAACAAAGUCACUGGAGGCCAAUGAGUAAUGUGCUGGGUGGCUCACUGGCUGAGUUUAAGGUGCUAAUGGGAAGAGUACAGCAGUAGAAGAUAAAUCUAUGGCUUGUAGUUACAAGCACCAAUAUGCAAUGAGGACGUUGAGUGUGUGGGUGUCCAUGAGAGGUACAGCCCUCCCUCAUUUGCAGAUGAUUUCCAAACUGCGGUCUUUGGGAGUGUUAGGAAUAAAAAGAUCCACGCUUUCACUGAAAAAUGAGUGGCUCUGUGUCACAGGUUACCCUGUAUCCUCCCAACACAAUUUCAGCAAAAGGACAGAUGAAGUGUAAACCAACCCUAAUACUCUGAAAAUGUAUAUUUGCACAUGACACUGCUGUUAUGUUAUCCCAAUGUACCCAGGCAUUUUUAUUUAAUUACCACAAGGCACACAGUAGAAAGCUAAAGCACCAGAAAUGGCCUCCCUCAGAGAGAUUGUUUGAGCCAAGACUUUUGUGAAGAGGUGGAUUUGGUGAUCAUGGCUGUGACAGUCCCAAAGAAUGUGCUCAUUUUUCCCUGCACUCUGCUUAGAUACUUGUGAAGACAGCCAACCUUUACAUGCAACGUCACAGGUUUUAUUGUAACUUUUCAGUGAGCAGGGUCGAUGGGGUGGAGAGGCCUGAGAAUUAUUUACAAAAAUGCCUCCUGGCCCGAUGUGUAGCAUCAGCCAUUGUUGUGAAGAAAUCAGGGAUUGAGAUGCUGAACGCACACAUCUGGGAUUGUCUUCUCUGUGCGGCCGUCAGUUGCUUUAACCAUGAAACUCAGAACUUCAGUCAAUCGCUGAGCUCCAUUUCAGCUGCGAGACCCCAGUGUUCCACAUGUGUAUGCCAAUGAUAUGAGGCACACUCAAUGUUCAGUGCUGUCACUUUGCAACAAAAGGAUGUUCCAAAGUCUAAGGCAGAUUGCAUUGUGUUUUGUACUUACUUCCUGUCUUUGAUAUUUAAGAAUUUUUUUUUUGUUUGUAUUUGUAUGUAUUAUUUUUGAGCCACUGUAAAACUAUCAAGACCAGUGGCCAUUCAGGGAUGAGAAUGUUAAUUUUGAUGUGGGAAAUGGGCAUAUAGGUAUCAGUGGAAAUGUGUUUCAGAUCAGACAGGGUAUGUCAUUCCAAUUCAUUACAUGUAUUGAUCAUGGAAAGCUGUCUUCAUUUGAAAUCUGUGUACUCAGGGCUGUCCUGGAAAUCUAAGCUUGCAUGUAUUUCUGGAAAACACUACUUGUUUCUGGUUACAAAAUUCACAUUAAGUCCUCAUCUUCUGGUAUACACAUUGACAAAAUUCAAGUAGGUUUGGUGACUGAGAUAUUUGAGACUCAGUAAUGAUUUCAGUUGCACAAACUCUGAACUUUAGCAAAACGACUCCCCUCCCAGUCUCAAUAAAAUUGGUCACAGCAGUUGAAAACCAGUUGAACUGGAAACAGCCAGCUAGAAUUAACUUUGCUGAGUGUAGCUCAUGUUCGGUGGGACAUCUGCUUGACAACUUCCAAACACGCAACCCUUGUCAUACUGUCAUCAGUAGUGCUUGUCCUCAGAAAUCUAGCCACUGAUAAAAUCUAGAUCGGAGCACAGUGGUCCAAUCUGCUUCUUUGGGAGGCAAACGCCGCAGCAGUAUGAAAAGACCUUUGUGAAUGUGUACCUCCUUAGAAUUUUGAGAAAAGUAAUGUGAUCUGCAAUAAAUUGUGACGAUAUUGCAUUGUCACAACAUCUACUGCUUUUUUACAAGCCUGGACUAAAUCAGACUAAACAUUUUAAUAUGUGAACUAUUGACUAACUAGCAUUCCUCUAUUAACAUGAAUGAAAUUUACAGAGAAAGCAAUGCAAAAAAAAAGGCUUUUUACAAAGGGAUCAGCUCUGAAGGAAAAUAUAUUUGUGGUGACUUUCACUUAUUCUUACUGUUUGAAGCACUAUUAAGAGUGAUGAAAAUGUGCCAUUUUUUAAUGUAAUACCGAUAAUUCAGAGAAGUAAUUAUAACAUGCUUUAUUGAAAACAAACAUGCAACUAAAAAGAGAUAUUUUUCUGAUA